AUGGCAACAACGAAAUCAUAUUCUGAUGAAUCCCGCGCAGCGUAUAACAACAACAAUCGUAUUCAUCCUGCGACAAAUGCAAACAUGACAUCGAAUCAAGCAACAAAAAUUCCAAUUAAUAAUGAUUCGAAUCAGUCCGAUGAGAGUGAUUACGAUUUAUGCGGAUGGAUAUUAAUUGUUCUUUCGUAUAUUCUCAUCGGUAUCACCGCUCCAUUCACAAUCUGUUUAUGUAUUAAAGUCGUACAAGAGUAUGAACGAGCCGUGAUUUUUCGUCUCGGUCGAAUUUUACGAGGUGGUGCAAAAGGUCCUGGUCUAUUUUUCAUUCUUCCUUGCGUCGAUACAAUAUACAAAGUUGAUCUACGAACGACAACAUUUAAUGUUCCACCUCAAGAAGUAUUAACACGUGAUUCGGUGACAGUCGCAGUAGAUGCUGUUGUUUACAGUCGUAUCGUUGAUCCAGUUGCUUCUGUAACGCGAGUUAGUAAUGUUCUUCCAGCUACUCAAUUACUUGCACAAACAUCAUUACGAAAUAUGAUCGGAACGAAGACAUUACAAGAGAUUCUAUCAGAUCGAGAAGCAAUUGCUAAUCUAAUGGAAGCUCAAUUAGAUGAAGGAACUGAACCAUGGGGUAUUAAAGUUGAACGUGUUGAAAUUACGGAUGUUCGCUUGCCACAGUCCAUGCAACGAUCAAUGGCAGCAGAAGCGGAAGCUAGCCGAGAAGCACGCGCAAAAGUCAUUGCUGCUGAAGGUGAACAGAAAGCAUCGAGACAGUUGAAAGAAGCUGCUGAUGUCAUCGCAUCGUCACCAAUAGCAUUACAAUUGCGUUAUUUACAAACAUUAACGCAAAUAUCUGCCGAAAAAAAUUCAACGAUCAUUUUUCCCAUUCCUAUUGAACUGAUGAAUCUAGUUAGACAACCAUCGGCACCAACGGCACCAUCAGGACGAUCGAAUAAUAGAUUGUCUGACAUACUCAAUUAA